AUGCGCAUAGAAGAACUCAUUAUUGAAGGUUUCAAGUCAUACUCUGUUCGCACUCACAUUACAGGCUGGGACGCGGAAUUCAACGCAAUUACCGGUCUAAAUGGGUCGGGAAAAUCCAAUGUUCUCGAUGCCAUUUGUUUUGUGCUAGGCAUAACUAACCUAAGUCAGGUCCGUGCAAAUAAUAUGCAAGAUUUGAUAUAUAAGCGAGGUCAGGCUGGCGUCACAAAAGCUACAGUUACAAUAGUAUUUAACAAUGAGGAUCGAGAAAAUAGCCCAGUUGGAUUUGAGCAGUAUAAACAAAUCAUAGUAACGAGACAGAUUGUUAUGGGUGGACAAAGCAAAUACAUUGUGAAUGGACACAAAGCCCAACAACAAGCCGUCGCAAAUUUAUUCCAGUCCGUACAGCUCAACAUCAAUAACCCUCAUUUUCUCAUCAUGCAAGGAAAAAUCACCAAAGUGUUAAACAUGAAACCGCCAGAAAUUUUGGCCAUGAUUGAAGAAGCAGCGGGGACACGAAUGUUUGAGGAGCGAAAGGAAAAAGCCUUGAAAACCAUCGCGAAAAAAGAGAAAAAAGUCGAAGAAAUUACCACGUUACUUAAUGAGAAGAUUGGACCCAUGUUGGAAAAAUUGAGGACUGAGAAACGAUCGUAUUUGGAAUUCGUGAAAACGAAAUCUGAAAUAGAACGGUUGAGCCGGUUGGUGAUUGCUUACGAAUAUCACAGAUAUGAGGAUAAACUUCACAGAUCGGGAGCCGAUUUCGAAGCCAAAAAAGAAAAAAUACGAGACAUGGAAGAAUUGGUCGAAAAUCUAAAAGAGGAAAUUGCGCAUAUAGAAAACGAGGUUAGACGAUUGAUGACAAAGAAAGAAAAGGAAUUUGGCAAUAGCGGCAACUUUCAAGAACUAGAAAAAAAGGUCAAAGAAUAUUCUAACCAUGUUGUCCGCAUAAAGACAAAAUGUGAUCUUAAGGCAGCCUCGAUCGAAGAAGAAAAUAAAAAGAAAGAGUCAUUGCUUGCCGCGAAAACUGAGACAGAACUGGCAUUAGUUCGCAAAACGGGCGAACAUGAAAAGCUUCAAACUCAAUUCAAUGAGGUCAAAAGAACAUUCGAAGAAAAAAACGAGCAAGUGAGAAAAUCAGAAGAGCUAUUGCAAACCUUGUCAACGGGAAUAUCUGCUCAGGAAGGUCAUGAAAAUGGAUACAUGGAACAAAUUCAAAAGGCCAAAAACAAUGCGACUCAGGCAUCGACUGAAGUUGAACAAGCAAAAUUGAAAAUAUCUCAUUUGAAAAAAGAGUUGAAUGAAAAAGAACCUCAAGUGAAGAAGUCUCAAAAAGAUAGUAAAGAACUUAUGGGUGAACUUCGAACGGCUCAAAAAGCAGUGCAAGAUUUGCAGGCCACUUUAUCUAGGAUGAAUUGGGACCCACAAAAAGAGACAGAUCUUUUAAAUAGUAAAUCUAGUGAACAAGAAAUAGUGAGAAAACUUUCAGAGCGAUUUGAAUCUUUAUCAUCACAACUCUCGAGUCUAGAGUUCACGUAUAGCGAUCCAGUUCCCAAUUUUGACCGAUCAAAAGUUAAAGGUUUAGUUGCUGAAUUAGUGACUAUUGAUAGAGAGACAUAUUCAACUGCCUUGGAAAUUUGUGCUGGUGGUCGGCUAUAUAAUGUUGUCGUUGAAAAUGAGACGGUCGGCUCUCAACUGCUUGAAAAAGGAAAAUUACGUAAACGUGUGACCAUAAUUCCAUUAAAUAAGGUGCAAGCGUUCAAACUUUCGGCAGAAAAAAUUAAGACUGCUGAAGGAAUCGCUCCUGGAAAAGUGAACCUCGCCUUGAGAUUGAUCGGAUAUGACCGUGAAGUUAGUAAUGCUAUGGAAUAUGUAUUCGGAAGCACUCUUAUUUGCGAUGACGCUAACAGCGCCAAACGAGUGACUUUUGACAAAAACAUUAAGGCAAAAUCAGUUACUUUAGAUGGUGAUGUCUAUGAUCCUUCUGGGACUCUACAGGGUGGAUCAAAACCGUCAACCGCGGGAAUACUGAUAAAAUUACAGAAUCUUAAAGAGGUCAAGAAAGAGUUGAACUCUCAUAAACAAAAGCUUGCUAAUUUGGUUACUGAAUGGGAGGGAAUGCAAAAAACCAUGCAACAAUAUCAAACAGUCAAACAGAAAUUGGACCUGAAGAAACAUGAAGCCGCGUUGAUUGAAGAACAAAUUACAAAGAGUAGUAAUGCGCAGGCCUUUCAUGAAAUCGAAAAUAUCAAACUGCAAAUAUCGGAACAAGAGAAUAUUGUGGUCGCAGCAAAUACCAAAAGAAAAGCAGCUCUUGAAUCUUGCGGUCAAAUCGAAAAAGAAAUGAAUGAAUUUAAAAAUAAUCGUGAUUCAAAACUAAAAGAUAUUCAACAAUCAGUCACUAAUGGAAAAACAGAAUUGGCCAAAAGCAGUCAGACUGUAAAAAAUAUGCAGCGUGCUGUACAGACGUUUCAUCUCGAAAUUAAACAACUUGCAGAAGACCUCGAAAAUAACAAAAAGGAGAUUAGCAUUUCGGAUUCUCAUUUGGAGCAACUGUCGGCUGAAGCUGAAAACAUGAAACAAGAAAUAUCUAAAUUUGAGGGGUGUUUAAAUGAAGCACAAGCAGCAUUACAGAAAGAACGAGAAAAAUUGACUGCAUUUGACGAGGAAAUCAAGGAGCUACAAGCAGCUCAAAAGAACAAAACCUCCCAAAUGACAGAAACGCAACUUGAAAUGUCAAAAAUCAAUCAUGAAGUCGAAAGAUUCUUUAAAGAAAAGCAGGUGGCCGAGCAAGCAGUCCAACGAAUGGAAGCAGAACACGAAUGGAUUUUGGAUCAAAAACACCUUUUUGGUGAAUCAAACACUCCUUACGACUUUUUUCGACAAAAUCCAAAUGAUGGGAAAAAAAUGUUAAGACAACUGGAGGAAAAGCAUAAUAACAUGCGAAAGAUGAUUAAUGAAAAAGUUAUGCUUAUAAUUGAAAGAGAUUUCGGCACGAUUUUCAGUGAUCUAUUGCCCGGUAGCUUUGCCAAACUACAACCUCCAGAAGGUAAAUCCCUUCUCGAAGGAUUAGAAGUUAAAGUCUGUCUUGGAGGGAUAUGGAAGCAAAGUUUAGCGGAGUUGAGUGGAGGACAGAGAUCAUUGAUCGCGCUAUCCCUAAUAUUAUCACUAUUGCAAUUUAAACCCGCACCCAUGUAUAUAUUGGAUGAAGUGGACGCCGCGCUUGAUCUUUCGCAUACACAGAAUAUUGGACAGCUACUGAGAACACGAUUUAAGGGAUCUCAGUUUAUCAUAGUGUCGCUCAAAGACGGAAUGUUUAAUAAUGCCAAUGUUUUGUUUCGAACUAGGUUUCGGGAUGGGACAUCGAUUAUUGAGCGUACAUCUCAAAAACAAGAACAUAAUAAAGAAAAUAUUCCAGCUUCUAGUGCUAGUAAUAAUAAUGGCAGUAACAAUAAUAAAGGCAAAGGCAAAAUAUAG